GAGUUGAGCCUGAAGGCAAAGGAACAAAGAAACACCAAUUGAAUGUUACUGAAACCAAAGAGAAUAGAAGACACCUUGAAGACAUCUUGCAAUGGAGAAAUUUAAGGCUGCUUUCUUGCUGGCAGGGGUAGGGGAUGCUCUGGGCUACCGAAAUUUCACCCGGGAAAACAAUGCUUUAGGUGCAAAGAUCCAAGGGGAACUGAAAGAAAUUGGGGGACUCCAGAACCUGGUCAUGUCCUCCGACAAAUGGCCAACAAGUGACAAUACUCUCAUGCACAUGGCUACGGCUGACGCUCUCAUCACAGAUUACUGGUGCUUAGAAGACUUGUAUCGGGAACUUGUGAAACGUUAUGUUGAUGCUAUUGACAAACUUUCUGGGAGACGGUCAGAUCCUGCUACUAUUGAAGCUUGCUCACAACUGAAGCCAGACAACUAUCUCCUAGCUUGGCACACACCAUUUAAUGAGAAAGGUUCAGGAUUUGGAGCAGCUACGAAAGCCAUGUGCUUAGGGAUGAAAUACUGGAAGCCCGAGAGGCUGGAAACUCUAAUUGAAGUGAGCAUUGAAGUUGGGCGAAUGACUCACAAUCAUCCUACAGGAUUUUUGGGAUCGCUGUGCACAGCUCUGUUUACUUCUUAUGCAAUACAAGGGAAGCCGCUGGUGCAGUGGGGCCGAGAAAUGAUGAAGGUUGUCCCGAUGGCUGAAGAAUAUUGCAAGAAGACUAUCAGACACAUGGCAGAAUAUCAGGAGCAUUGGUUUUACUUUGAAGCAAAAUGGCAGUUUUACUUGGAGGAGAGAGAAAUCAAUGAAGACAACCAGAAUAAACCCGUUUUUCCUGACAAUUAUGAUGCUGAGGAAAGAGAAAAGACUUACAGGAGAUGGAGUUCUGAAGGCCGUGGAGGAAGGAGAGGCCAUGAUGCCCCAAUGAUUGCAUAUGAUGCUCUCUUAGGAUGUGGCAGCGAUUGGACAGAGCUUUGCAACCGUGCAAUGUUUCAUGGUGGUGAGAGUGCAGCCACUGGAACUAUUGCUGGAUGUUUGUAUGGAUUGCUUUAUGGCCUCAGCAAGGUUCCUAAAGGCUUGUACCAGGAUCUUGAACAGAGAGAGAGGCUAGAAUAUUUGGGAGAGACUCUUUAUCGACUAUCAUCAGAGGAAAACAGAAGCAAAGGUACAAAGUCGGGCAGCGAUAAGGUGCUGAUUGAUCCCUUGGCACUGAAGAAGAAGCUCAGUAAGAUGUCGACAGAAGAAGGUGCAUUUGCUGUCCUGAGCAGCCUUCUACUUUACCUCACAGACCUCAUAUCCAGGCACCCACAGAUUCAGUGCAAGAAGGCCAAGUGGCUAGAAACAAUAGGAAAUAAGGUGAACUUAAGGCUUGAACACCAAAGCCCAAUCAGUGGCAUUCGACCCACAAAAUUCCAACUCCUGCAGUCACGGUUCAUGAACAACAACCGUGAACCAUACAGAAAGAAGCCAAGAGAGGUUGGCAGAUUAAUUAUUAAAGAAAAGCAGCCAGCCAACAGAAAUGGCCUAAACUCCAUUGUAAGCAAGUUUGACAGAAGCUGUUCAGUUGAAGAAGAAGACCCAAAAAUAACACUCCAAGAAAAAGCCAAAUGGGUCGGCUUAUGUGGGAAAAACACUGUGAAGAAUGUUCUAAAGAAGUUUUUAGCUGCUGAGGAAAAAGAAACUAAAGAGAUACAGCUGACUCUAAAAAAGAAAGCACCAAACAAUAACUUGCCAAAAAUAAUCAACAGAAACUCUGUCUUUUCUAAACUGAAAGAGAAAUUUGAGCAAACUAGUAAUGUUUGUUCUGCCAUUGAUGUCAAAGAUCUGUUGCCAUGUAAAGGUGAGAAAAAAAGAAAAAAGGCCCUGGACAAAAAAUCCAUUUGCAAAGCAGAGCUCAGAGAGCUAGAAACAGAUCUGAGGACUGCCACAAGUAUGCAUUGCCUUCAGCCACAACAGAUGGCAUGUACCACUGUUCCUCUCCCUAAAUUCUGUGUUGCUACUGAAAUGAAUCAUCCCUGGAGUUGGGCAACAAACACCAAGCGUGCCACUCAACCCUGUGUUUGUAACCCUAAAUUGGGGAGAAUAAAAGACAUCCAGAACACACAUGACAUUGGGCCUGAUAAGAAAGGUAUACCAGAGAUCUUGGCACAUGAACAACAACAGACAGGACAGCUGCAAAACAAGCAUCAUAAUAUGCCUAAGGCAGUGACUGACAAAAAGGACAUUACUGAGAUGAAUUUAAGUUCAGGUCCUAAUCAGAAAAGUGUUCCACCUUCAUGUGAAAGUGUAUCCUCUGUGGACCAUACACCUACCUUUUCUAAAGGUAACUUAGACCACAAAGAAGAUAUCAUGUCACCUGUGGACAACAAAACUUCCAGCUCUGAGGAUAAAAAUGCUGGAGAAAUUAUUAGCAAAGAAAAUGAAUCUAUUGCUUCUUCCUCUUGUCCAGCUGGAGGAGUUAGUGCACACAGUCAUAGGGAAAUUAAAUGGGAUGAGAUUUUGAACAUACCAAAGGACAUCUGUAAGCCAAAGGAGACAGAAAUAGAAUUAACAGAGCCUAUAAAAGAUUCCCCCUUUGCCAGCCAAAAAUGUUUCCCGGAGCAGAAAGUGAUGGAAAAUAUUCCACCAUUUUGCUCUCCUGUAGCUCAGGCACUCUGUAACAUAGAGCCUCCAGUCAUUGACCAGCAAUCAAAGGUUGAAAUUGAAGCUGUUAACAAAAUGUCUCCGCUAAAGCCAAGUCAGGAAAAUGUAAAAGAUUUUAGGAGACAUUUUUCUGAUAUGCUCCAGAACAAAGAAAAUCUGUCUGAUAAAGCAGAAAUAUUUCCCAACCCUACCAAAAAUAACCAGAGAAGUCAAGCACAGCAAGAGGAGCCAAAAGGGCUAGGAAAGCUCUCUGAUCAUCAGAGAGAAAGUGAGCGUUUGCCUCAGAAACCUCUCAACCAACAAAACCAGGAUAACUCCAGCUCAGACAUAACAAAACAGACCAGGAAUCAGGUGCUCCAAUCUCCUGCCUCAAGUAAUAUUGGACAAAAGCAAAAUAAAAUUGUAAAAGAAAAUUAUAUUUGCUAUGAUUUUGAAGAGCAUCAUUCUCCUUUGCCUAGUGAUUUUGAGAAAUCAAGCCAUGCCACAGCAGUAGAGAAUAUUGACAAAACCAGUGCAUGCUCAGCUACUGAGAUGAUGAAAACUGAAAACAGUGAGAAGGAAAAGAUCAGCUUGAGUCACUUGGAAAGCUCCCAAAGCCUGUUAAAAGAACUUAUUAGUCAUGAAAUCUACAAUGUGGAGGAGAAUCCUGAAUAUUCUUCUGAAAAAUGUAAUUCACUUUCAUCAGACCAUUCAGCAAAGUCUGACAGCAAUACUGCAGAAGUUAACAGUCCUUGGUGUGGCAUUGGAAACCUCUGGAUAUCCCCAAAUGAAUCAAUGAAGAAUAAAAGUGGUACUAGAAGAGAUGAGAUAGAUAAUUGUCAUUCUGAAAAACAUCACAUGCCUUCUCCAAAUGAACUGCUAAAACCCAAAGGUAUACCUGAACAAGAAGAUAAAACAGCACCCAGUUUCCACAAUAAUGUGGUCAAGAGUGAAAAUGAUGCAGAAGACAAGAACACUGAUUGGCAGAAGGAAAAGUAUCAACUACCCUUAACAAAGGUGCUCAGGAGGCAUAGCAAAAGUCCUGCAGUGGAGGCAAAUCCUUCAUGUGAUAUGGAGAAGCAACAAAUGCCUUUGAGAAAUGAACCUGGGAAGCAAGCAAGUACAAAAGGAAGAUCUGAAGAAACCAGUUUCCCUUCCCAAAAUGAAACCAUGUUGCAGAGAAAAAAUGAUGCAGGGAAAAGAAAUCCACCAAAAGCACCACAAUGUCCCAUUCCAUCACCUGUUGACAGAAAGGAGCAAGAUGACAAGAGGACAGGGGAGAAAAAUAAGAAGAUGGUGCAGAAUUCCAAGCUGCCCCAGAAAUCAGUAAAAAGUGACCUUACAAGGGAUGGUGGAGUAACAACCGAAAAUAAAAUUGGCAAUCCAAGAAUGGUGCAUUCUGUUGAUGAUUUGAAAUACCAGACACCACCAAGGAAUCUAGCCAAACAAGAAGGAGGAGGAGCAGAUAAGAACACUAGAAAAUGCCAGUCCCCCUCACUCAAGAAACCAGGGGCAAAUUACGGUAGUUCUGAGGGGGGCAAUGUCGAUAGUAACCUUCAGAAUGACAAAAUCUCAUUACCUGAUGGAAGAGUGAAGCCUGAAAAUAAAACAGGGAAGAUGAGAGAGGAUAGUAGUCAUUCUGGACAAAACCAGUUACCUUUAAAACAUGAACUUCCAAAGAGUGAAAAGAAUACUGGAAAAGAGGGGAGCCAUGCAAAAGAUCAAAUAACUUUCUCACUAAAAGUAAAGACUGAGCCAGUAAAUCCUGCAGCAGGACCACCAUGGAAACCAUCCUUAAAUGAUUCUAGAAAUCAUGAGGAUACCGUUAAGGGUAAGGAACAGGCUUCAAGGAUUUCCAAAAUCUGCCAGCUGCCCUUAUCAGAUGUGAAACUGGAGAGCCAUCAAAAUAAUGUCCCAACAGAGAAGCAGCAGCAGCAAACCCAAACACCAAAGGGUGCUGUCCAGCCUAAACAGCAGCCACAAACCCAAGCAUCAAAGGAUGAUGCCAGACCAAAACAACAGCAGCAAGCCCAAGCACCAAAGGAUGGUGUCCAGCCUAUACAAAAGCAGCAGCAAACCCAAGCACCAAAGGAUGGUGCCAGACUGAAACAACAGCAGCAAGCCCAUGCACCAAAGGAUGCUGUCCAACCUAAACAGCAGCAGCAGCAAGCCCAAGCACAAAAGGAUGGUUUCCAACCUAAACAACAACAGCAGCAAGCCCAAGCACCAAAGGAUGGUGCCAGACUGAAACGACAGCAGCAGCAAACCCAAACACCAAAGGAUGGUGUCCAGCCUAUACAGAUACAGCAGCAGCAGCAAACACAAGCACCAAAGGAUGGUGCCAGGCCGAAAGAACAGCAGCAAGCCCAAGCACCAAAGGAUGGUGUCCAGCCUAUACAGAAACAGCAGCAGCGGCAAAUCCAAACACCAAAGGAUGGUGUCCAGCCUAUACAGAAACAGCAGCAGCAGCAAACACAAGCACCAAAGGAUGGUGUCCAGCCUAAGCAGCAGCAGCAGCAGCAAACCCAACCACCAAAGAAUGGUGUCCAGCCUAUACAGAAACAGCAGCAGUGGCAAACGCAAGCACCAAAGGAUGGUGCCAGACCAAAACAACAGCAGCAAGCCCAAGCACCAAAGGAGGGUGUCCAACUUAAGCAGCAGCAGCAAACCCAACCACCAAAGGGUGGUGUCCAACCUAAAUGGCAGCGGCAGCAGCAAACCCAAGUACCAGGUGAUGGGGCCAGACCAAAACAACAGCAACAAGUCCAAGCACCAAAGGAGCAUGCCCAACCUAAACAGCAGCAGCAAACUGAAGUGCCAACAGAUUGUAUGAAGCCUAAAUUUAAUAUGAAGGAUGAAAAACAUGCACAUCAUAGUUCCAAGAAGUACCAUCUGCUCUCUUCAGAUGAACUGGCAAUGUAUGAAAAGAAUGCUAGUGAGAAGAAGGAUCCCUUGGGGAACUUUGGCAAAAGCAGGGUUCCACAACUGAGGUAUGAUGACAGGCUAUUGCAGAACAAGAAACCAGUGUGUGAGAAUGAGGCAGGCUCCUCAUAUGAGGCCUGUCCUACUGAAGAGAGAAAAACACCACGUCGGUCCAGCAAGCACCUAGUAAUAUCAGGAAAUUAUUUGUCUGGGUCAGAAAGUGGAGGAAAUAAAAAAUAUGUUGCUGGUGCAAUAAAUGAGAGCAAAGCUAGAUUAGCAACCCUGGAAAAAUACAAAGCUGAGAGUUACAGUGAAGGACCAACAUAUUCAUCUUUUAAACCAAUGGUUAUUCGAAUGAUUGAUACAAUUAAGCUUGAUAACUAAAACCAGCUUGAAUGGAUAAGACAUAGAAUUUAUAAUCUUUCAACAACUGUUUCACUUUUGGGCAUUAAGUGAUGACAUUUGAAUCACAAUGAGGUGAUCUUUUCUGGAUUUUAGCUGUCCUUAAAAUGAAUGUCACCUGAGUUCGCUAGUAUAUUACAUGCCAACCAAAACUAAUCAUAAACCUAUGGUUCAUGUAUGGGAAAUCUUGGAUGUAAUAACUAUGGGAACAAUCCAGUCAACCCAAAUAAGUGAUGGGAUACUGAGGUGGUAGUGUGACUUCUACCUCUUUAUAGACUACCUAACAGAAUGUGUGAAAGUUGAAUUUUUGACUGCUUCUGUAUGUUAAAAACUUCCUGUGAUCAGCAAAUUGUCACAGGUUGCAGAAAGGUGGCUUUAGUCAAAACUUCUGCCUCCAAAGCCUGUUACCACUUCUUUCUGCUGCACAAGUACACUCAGCCAAAAUUAAGUGCUUUGCUUGUAUCUGAUGGUGUCUUUUCACUAGUGGAAUAGGCCUCACUGGCAGAGAAAAUUGUCUUUCAUCCCUGCAGAGAUGGGGGACCUACUCAAUAGAUAUGGGUUUGUGUAUGUGGGAGGAGGGUUGCAGUGGGGAGUAGGAUAAGAGAAAUUACCAUUGCAUGAGCAAAUCUGCUUGCACCAUGUUGGAUUUAGCCUGUUAAAGUCCAGUUGCAUUAAAAUGGACAGAAUGAAUAGCAAAAACAAAUACAGAAUCUUGUAGCUCCUUAAAGGCUAAGGCAUAGACCUCAGAUAAGAAGUCAGGCUGGGACCCUAACCUAGUUCCCCAAAAGUCAGCCCCAUUGAACUCAGUGGGAUUUACUUUUGACUUAAAGCUAUCUGGCUGUUUGCUUUUGGGAACAGAAUGCUAGAUUAGUUGGAGGUGAACCAGAGUGACAGACUUUUCUGUUCUUAUUUAAAAGUGCUUAGCUUUCAACAUUAUCAUGCCUAAAAUGCCUCUCCUUGCUAAAUGCUGAGGUUAGUGCAUACGUAAGGUGACUCUUCUGAGCGUGAACUUUAUCUGCAUUUAGUUGUUCUAAUAAAAUGGUAUUGCUCAUCUUUCAGGAAUGACUGUGUACACAGUCACUAUAUGGCAGUAAAAUCUUGCCAGCAUAUGCAUUGUGUGUGUCCUCCAACUGUUUUCAAAAAUAAGCUGUGAAAACCAUGAUCCUAAUUCAUAGUGUAACAGAAUUAAAGCAAAUGCAGAAAAGUUGGAAAAGAAGAGAGCCUAUGAGAAAGUUUUAAUAAUGCGGCAGAAUGCCAUAACCAUAAUGGUUUUAAAAUUAUUUUUCAUAUUAUAUUCAAGACUUUUAGAAUUUGACAGAGUCUACUGAAGCUUAUAUCAAGGUCUUUUACUAUGCAAGAUAUUUCAACAGUACCGAUAAAGAAAACCAUACUGUGUAGGAUGAUAUGGUAAGAUCCUGAACGAGCAAUGGUUGUAGAACAUGCAAUAUUAUAGAUGCUGCUUAAGUGUUUAGAAAAUAUCUUUUCUAUCUGAUCUCUUUCAUGUGUUCAGUUAUUUCAUAUGCCUGUAUAGCUUUACCAUUUCACUUCUAAUACUUUAUCUGUUGCUGAUCAUUUCAUUUUUUAAAAAUUCUGAAUGUAGUAAGCUUGAUAAUACGAAAUGGUAACAUUGCCCAGAAUUUUACAAAAACUGAGAAAGUCAUUAGCACUAUAAAGAAAUCAUCUCUUAUGUCCAGAAUCUAGUACAUAAUUAUGGCUACUUUUUGUGAUGCUUCCAGAUGAGACUUCUGUUCUGAAAUUGCCCUGCCUCAAACACAGAAUUUUAUUGGGAAGUUCAAAUAUCAUUUUCCAUUUGUAUUUUGCACUAUACCUCUGUGGUGUAGAAGUUAGAGUAUCAGACUGGAAUUCAGGAGAUCCAUGCUUUGGUUUCCACACAGCCCGGGAGCUAACUGGGUGACUUUGGGCCAGUCACAGACUCUCAGCCCUACCUGCCUCACAGCGUUGUUGUGUGGAUAAAUGAAGAGGAGGAGAGCGACCUUGGAUUCCUUGCAGGAGGAAUAAAGGUGGAGUUAAAAUAUAAUAAAUAUAUUUCCUGUAUUUUCCUCUAUUUUCCCACCACUACUUCUGUCUUUUUUCUCACUGUUUUUUGGCUUGCAGUGCUAGGAGCUCUUUGUCUGGAAGCACCCCACAUGCUUUUUUCCUCCAGUUUCUUUGCCCAGAAAGUGAGAGACCUAGGAACAGCAGAGGGACCAGUUUUUCACAAGCACUCCUGUAAUGUGAACACAGGAGAAGGAUGUAAAUCUAAAGCUGGACCCAGGUGUCACAUUAAGGUCAAGAGAAAAAAAGACAGCAAUAAAAUUCUGUUCUACAAAAUGAAACUUGAUACUAACUCACAAGCAACCAGAGCCCUUGAACUGUCUGAGAGGAAGAUGACUUUCAGAAUUAAAUGAAAUACUAGUAACCCCUGUCUGACAUUUGAAAGGCAUUCUUUUGAUCAGGUUCAGGAAAGUUUUAUUUGCUUUGAUUCUUUCACAGGGUGGAUAUAGAACAUCCCCUUUUUAACCAGAAAGAGCCGCCCAUUUUAAAUGCUUCCUCUUCUUUCCUGCCCUCCAUAUAUGGUGAACAUAACACACUGCCAUUUAACUAUGAAACCCUGUAUGUGUCUUCUCUGAGGCAAAUCCCACUGAGUGGAAUAGGGCUUACUCUUAGGUAAAUGAGUACAAGCUCACAGCUAAAUGAAGUAAACGUGGACACGAUGGGUUGGAUUCAGACUUAGAGCAAGGCCAUUGAAACCAUGGCCGAGCAUGACAAUGUUGUGAUCCAAUUCACUGUCAAUUCUUACACAGAAUAGUCCUGAGUACCUCAUGCAAGAGCUAUUUAUUGAUGUAAAUAUUGUAUAUGUUACAUAUUGUACAGAAAUACUACGCUGGUCACAACUUAACCAUUUUUGGUCCUGCUGAUUUUAGCUGGCGGCUUUGCAUGGGCUUAACUCUCCCAUUCAUAUCAAUGAACUCUUAAAGUGCCUAAGUUUGACUGGGCAUGUUUUCUCAGAAAGAAAUGAGACAAAGUGAUUCUUAAUAUGGUUAUUGGAUUUGCUCCUAAAGGGUAACACCCUAUGCAUGUCUCAAUUAUUGCAAUGCCCGUCUUGUUUAGUAUAGUGAAAACUCGGUGCAUUUUAACAUAACUUCUUACUGCAUUUUAACAUAACUUCUUACUGCAUUCACCCUACAGCACAAUCCUAACCAUGUUUACUGAGAAAUCUGUUUUACUGAUUUCAGUAAAACUUACUUCCAGAUAGGUAAGCUGAGAGCUGCAAUGCGAAAUGUGCCUGCUAGGUAAUAAGGCAAUGGCUGUUAGAUUCAGGGUUCAUAAACAUAAUUGGCCACAGUGGCAUACAAGCCAGAGUGGAUUGCUGGGUUUUCUGAACCCAGCCAAGAGUGGUUAACAAACCAUGCUGCUAAGUCCAGACAACACAACAAGCCACAGUGCCUUACUGUGUUGUGUGAACCCUUGGCUCUUUGUUUAGAGAAAUGUUUCGCUCUGGACCAUUAGGCAGAUGGCUGAUUAACUGUUAGAAGGCUUUACUAUUAAUAUAAUUAUUGUAAAGUCUGUGCACUGACUCUAAUAUAUUAGGACAAUCAUAUUCAUGUGUUACCUCCCAGGUAAAUGUCCUCUGAGAGUUCUUAUAAAUUUGCAACUAAGGUGUUUAUACUAAUUGUUUAGAAUUACUGAUGAAGAUGGAUUCAGGGAUGAUUCAAGUGUAUAUUUUUAAGUAAAAAUGUUUCCAGCCAUCAGUGCAAAUGUUGAGAUAAACCAUUCAGAAAUUAUCAUAACUUGUGAUUUAUUAACCUAUUGUUACUUAUUUUGUAAAUGAUAUGUCUAUGGAGGUUAUUUUCUUUGAACCCUGUUUUUUCACAUCGAGUCCUGAUAUGCAAAGGCAUCAGCUGAAAUGGACUGCUUUCUGUUGAUGGAAAAUCUCAUCCCUGAUUAAGUCACUUGGAAAUCUUCUUGAAGAUCAACAACAUGACAAUAGGCUCAAAGCAGAUUUUAAGGUGUACAUUACAAGAUGUUUUAUAUAAAUUCCAUUAUAUAUCUCACUCUAUGUAUUAUAUUUGGUCUACAAUCAUUUUGAAUAAGACAAUAUGUCAAUGUAUUUGUAAGUUGUCUUGAAACACAAAGAUUUCUCUCUUUAUCAUAUACUAGUGCCUUUUUAAUUUUUUUCCAUUUUAUAUGUGGUAGUAUCAUGAUCUCUUUUUGGUAUGUUCUUCAGUGAUUUGUAAUUGAUCUAUUUGUUAAUUCACUCUGAGGUUUAGAACCUUCCAGACUAGCCAUUAAUUAGCUGUUGUGGAAGCCACUUUUUGUCAUUGAUUAUUUUGAUGCCAUGUUGCAGGAGAACUACAGCCACUGGUGCACUUCGGGUUAAACCUUCAGGUCCAAAUUCCUGUAGCCAAAGGGCCACCCAAAUGACUACCCAGAGAAUGGCAGGAAGCAGCAGCAAACAUACCUGCCAUUAGCCCCAUGUCUGGUAGAGGAAAUCCAGGCACCUCUAGAUCUUUUUCUUUUUCUGCUUGCUUCUAACCUCCCCCACUUGUUUUAAAGACAUUUUACAGUCAGUGGUUGUAGGGCCAACAAGUAUGCAUAUUAUUACUUGUUCUCAUUUUAUCAUUUUUACUUACUCUCUAUUACCAAAUAGUGCUUAUUCUCAAACAAAUGCAAUAGUGCAGCAAAAGCAGGUUCUGUCAUAUUCCUGUAGUCCGGGGAAUGCUAUGAUUUAAGUGAGUUUAAAGUGUAAAUCUGCAUAUGCUCAGAGUAUCUUUCUUUCUGAUCAGGGCAGGGGGGUUGUUUUGUUUUGUUCUUGCGCAAACAUAUCAGGAACAUAUAAGAAAUUGCAAAGCAUUGGUAGAUGAGAUACAGAGGAAUGAUAACGAGACAGCUAGAUUUGUCAAACAUAUGGACCCCAUCAAACCCCACACAUGCAUAUUGCAGGCUCACAGCUGCUCUUGGCCAAUGUUAGAUUGGCAGACAGGAGAAAGUAAUUCAGGAACUGAUUACCAUUUGUAAGAAUGUAACUAGAGGAAUUUGAGGUGGCAAAUCUUGCCUGUUUCCUACCCAAGAUAAGAUGAUGAUUUGUGGAAUGGACUAAAGUCAUUGAUCAGAUAAGAAGGCAUCUUAGGCUCCAUCUCACCCAUUUCUGCCAACUCCAAGGCUCUUAAAAUGAAGAAUGUGUAACAUGUCACGGGAUCAGUGCAUACCUUUGCAGUUCUUGUGCACCUUGUACCUUCUGCAGGUAGAAGGUCCAGGUAUAAUCCUGGACUCUCCAAUCAAUGAAGCAAUCCUGUGCAUGUUUAGAUAAAGAAAAGGGAUACAGUUCCCAGCACACCAAAAAUGUCUGCCAGAAAGCAGAUAUUUUCUUCACAAGAUGAUGAUGAUGAUGAUGAUGACGAUGAUGAUGAUUUUGGUGUGUGUGCAUCCAUGUGUCAUUCCUUAUACACAAUUGGUUCCUGGUUCUCUUGAUGACACUGUGACCCUCCAGUUUUACUUCUGUUUGUAAGCACCACUAUCUGGAAGUUUUUUGAGGGUAAGGAAAAUGGGCUGUUAUUUCUGAUAGGGGAAAGAAAGAUCAGUUGCCUCUUCUGGAAUUGAUGCAGUUCCACUAGACCACCGUGCCACCUAGAAAAGCAGAAAAGUGAGCCCUUUGUGUUUGCAGUUCUGCUUUAGGACCAGCAGUAGAUAAAGUGGAUUAAUGGACUUGUAUGGAAAAGCUGUGAGACCCUGGAGAAAGGUUACCUGACAGAGUAGACAGAACUGGCUCAAAAUUCUCACCUACUAUAAGGUAGCUUUAUAUAAUAUACUGCCCUGAAUCACAGUCAGGUAGACAAUAAUAUGCAAAAGCUAGAGAUCCUGUUACUCCUAUUAUGCCAGCCUACUUUUAAAAUCUUUUCUUUUCUUUGAAAGUCACAACAACAACAACAACAAAAAUAACAACUGUUGCCAGAAACAUAGAUCAAAAUAUGACUGAGGUGAUAUUAGCAAUUUUGAAUUUCCCCAGAAAAAAAUAUUGGUUCAUAGAUAAUUGAAUCAUAGAAUAGUAGAGUUGGAAGGGGCCAUGAAGGCCAUUGGGUACAACCCCCUGCAGGACACCAAUUUGUACCAUACCAUUCAGAUAACUGUCCGAUUUCUUUUUGAAUGUCUCUAGUGUGGGAGAGCCCAUGACCUCUCUAGGCCACUGGUUCCACUGUCUUAUUGCUCUGACAGUGAGGAAACUUUUCCUGAUAUUUAGCCUGAAUC